AUGCGUCACAUCCGCACGUUACUUCGGCCUUGCAUAGCCGCGGCAGUAGCGCCCGCUGUGUGCAUCGCUUAUCAGCACGAUCCGAGUCGCACAGAGGGUGUGUCUUCAAUCCCCACUUCUUCAUUCCUCUACCAGCCGCUGUCCGAGGACAAGACUCCUAAGACCAGCAUCGAGUUCGACGUCCAGGCUCCACUGCAAAAGCGAAUGGAAGCGUUGAUUCUGCGUGUCCAGGACGAUAUUUGUACCGGAAUUGAGGCGGUGGAUGGCAAUAAGUUUCUGGAGGACAAGUGGGAGAGAGAGGGACAUGGCGGCGGUGGUCGGAGCCGCAUUUUACAAAACGGGAACGUCUUCGAGAAGGCGGGCGUGGGCGUCUCAAUUAUCCACGGGAAGCUGCCGCCUGCUGCUGCUAAGCAGAUGACAGCGAGGGGGAAGGAGCUGAAGCAAGGAGAGGAGCUGCCGUUCUACGCCUGUGGCGUCAGUCUCGUCAUGCAUCCGCACAAUCCCAUGGCCCCAACGAUUCACCUGAACUUUCGGUACUUUGAGGUUGAGACGGGGUAUCUCGACUCGAACGGCAACAAGCAGAAGAUUGGAUGGUUUGGGGGAGGGACUGAUUUGACGCCGAGUUACCUCUUUGAAGACGACGCGCGCCACUUUCACGCAGUGUACAAGACGCAGCUGGACAAGCGCGACCCAGAGCUCUAUCCCAAGUGGAAACAGGCGUGUGAUGAGUAUUUUUACAUUCCCCACCGCCAGGAAGGCCGUGGUAUUGGCGGCUUCUUUUUUGAUGACUUGUCGGAUACGUCUGAAGAGAACUUUCAGAUGGUUCGUGACUGUGCCAACUCGAUGCUCGAUGCGUACGUUCCGAUUCUGAAGAAGCGAAAGGACAUGCCAUUUACCGAGCAGCAGAAGAAAUGGCAGCAGAUGCGUCGUGGCCGCUACGUUGAGUUUAACAUUAUGUACGACCGAGGCACCAAAUUUGGCUUGCUGACUCCUGGUUCGCGUGUGGAGUCGAUCCUGAUGUCGCUUCCCUUAACGGCUCGAUGGGAGUAUAUGCACAUACCGGCAGCGGGAUCAUGGGAGGACAAGACGUUGAAGGUGCUGCAGAGCCCCGUGGACUGGCUCAAUGUGCCUGACGUGGACUUGACGACGCUAUCGACGGGUGAGCUGCUCAGGGAGCUUGCGAGAAGAAGCGAGUAG